UUGUCAUUGGCCACAAAUAAAAAGUUGUUUUCCUUGAAGUGACGGGCUCAUUUUGUUCAUUUUUUGAGAAAAUGUCUGGCAGUUUCCAAGUCUGAAUAACCAGUUUGUCAGUCAUUCUUUUGAGUAAAAAUGAUGUUCCAUGAGAAAAACUGGCUUCCUUUUCCUUUGAUUUUAACUACUCUUAUCCAGGAAAAUCUAGAAUACUGUAGCAUGUUUCUCAGGCCAAGACAGAAAAGUCUUGGGCCUGGUCAGGUGAGGGAGCAGAGAUAAUGAUUUUAAUGACUGCACAUGCCAGUCCCCUGGGCUGGGAGUGGCCACAGUCUAGGGUUCACCUGGCUCCUUGACUGCCCUGGGGAUGUGCAUGCUAAAACAUGGAUCCCCUGUGUGAGUAACCCCUCACUCUCAGAGAUGCUGGUUUUGCCUAGAAUGAAGCAGAAUUUAAUCUUGGAGCUUUUUUGAGCAGAUCCUAAAUCUAGAAAACCCUAGAAUCUUUCCUUGCUCUUUCCCCCAUCUUAUACUUAGGACUAGACUUUUAUCUGGAGAGGCUCUGAAAUUUAAAUUGAAGUGAGAAGGAGUAAUUGUUGCCCAGGGCUGCUGGGUUUAAGGAUCAGUUCCCUAGGCUUUGUGAUGAAGAAAAAUGGUUUGGUAUUUCAUUCAUUCGAUAAACAUUUAUUGUUCAUGUUCCUGUGUGGGAAUACCGUGCCUGAUGUUAAAAAUGCCAGUUGAGAAUAGCUAGUUGAAAGCCUGAGUUGACUUCAGGGCAUAAGGGAUCAUGAUUGCCAGGAAUUUGAAAAAUGGCAGGAGAUUGCAGUCAAAGGGAAUUCUGAACCAAGAGCUUUUCUCUGCCAAAGCAAAAAUUUGCAGAAAUAGUGGUAGUACUGACUGAAUAUAACAUCUCCAGGUCUCGGGAUUCUCACCACCCUCUGUCAGUAAAAAUGAAAAUGUCAGAGAAAAAAGUCCCCGGGCCCCACCAGGGGCAGACACCAAGACUUAGGAUUAAAACAGCUUUGGGAGUAGCCCCAAGAAUUGUGGCCCAGAAAGAGCUCAGGUAUACCAAACUCAGGACAGUGAAUAACUAGAUUCCAAUGUAGCUUUUUAUUAAGAACAGAAUGGCCAAAGGGCAUAGGUAAUAGAUUGUCUACUGCAUGGAACCCUUGGGCUAAGUUUUGCAUCUCUAAUGUCACUUAAUUCUUUGAGCAACCUUAUGCAGUGUAGGUAGUAUCAUCCCGGCUUCAGUUAGGACCUAAUUAGCUUGCCAGGCCCUGUUUUUUCUCCCUUUAACUGGAAAGACAGCCUGUCCUGUAAAUUUGCUUCCAUUGAUGGCUAAUCUCAUUUAUUAUGUGGACCAGUUUGGCUCUAGGAAGAGCCACAUUAUUUCCAUGAAUGAGGCCAUCUCAUUGUAAUCCCCAAGGAACAUGAUCUUCCACUCUUCCACACUUAAGAUUGGAACCAUCCAGGUGAAGGUCCAGGGUAGGGAGAUGGCCUUUCUCUGUGAGAAGCAAAAAUUUGAAAAUUUCAAGCAGUGUCUUGCUAAGCUGUACUGCCAUAGUGAUACUUAACAAAUCUGAUUUAGCCACUAUGUGCCCAGCUGAUCCCAUGCCCUGUGCUACACUGUGAGAGAUCCAGAGAAGAAUCAGACCUGAUGCUUGCCCUCUAGGAGUGCAGCGUAAUAGAAGGGACAGGAAAUGCAGGUUCCCCCCACCUCCACCCAGUCUGUGCAGACUUGCUGCCUGCUAUGUCAUCGGGAACGCAAAGGCUGGGAAGAAGGCCCUUCCCAAAACGGACUGGUGUUGCAGGGUGAGAAGCUGCCCCCUGACUUCAUGCCAAAGCUUGUCAAGAAUCUCCUAGGCGAGAUGCCUCUAUGGGUCUGCCAGAGUUGCCGAAAGAGCAUGGAGGAAGAUGAAAGGCAGACAGGUCGAGAGCAUGCAGUGGCGAUCUCCUUGUCACACACAUCCUGCAAAUCACAGUCUUGUGGGGGUGACUCUCAUUCCUCUUCGUCCUCCUCUUCAUCGUCCUCGUCCUCCUCCUCCUGCCAUGGGAACUCGGGGGACUGGGACCCCAGCUCCUUCCUGUCAGCACAUAAGCUUUCGGGCCUCUGGAACUCUCCGCACUCCAGUGGGGCCGUGCCGGGUAGCUCACUCGGGAGUCCUCCUACCAUCCCUGGUGAGGUUUUCUCUCUCUCGGAGCACCACCGGCACUCAGACCUCACUGCUCCACCCAACAGCCCCACCGGCCACCACCCCCAGCCAGCAUCGCUGAGCCCAUCUCAGCCCGGAUCCUUCGGCUCACCACCCCACCCGCACCUGCUGCCUGCUACCCCGGCAGCGCCUUUCCCUGCCCAGGCUUCAGAAUGCCCUGUUGCCACUGCUGCCGCCCCCCACACCCCAGGGGCAUGUCAGACCCCCCACCUGCCCUCCACCAGCAUGCCGCUCCUGAAGAUGCCUCCACCAUUCUCGGGGUGCAGCCACCCCUGUAGCGGGCACUGCAGCGGGCACUGCAGCGGGCCUCUCCUCCCACCUCCCAGCUCUCAGCAACUCCCUAGCACUCACAGCAGGGACCCUGGGUGCAAGGGGCACAGGUUUACGCACAGCGGCCUGGCCUGCCAGCUCCCCCAGCCCUGCGAGGCAGAUGAGGGCCUGGGUGAGGAAGAGGACAGCAGCUCAGAGCGCAGCUCCUGCACCUCCUCCUCCGCUCACCAGAGAGAUGGGAAGUUCUGUGACUGCUGCUACUGUGAGUUCUUCGGCCACAAUGCGCCACCCGCUGCCCCGACGAGUCGGAAUUACACAGAGAUCCGCGAGAAGCUCCGCUCGAGGCUGACCAGGCGGAAAGAGGAGCUGCCCGUGAAGGGGGGCGCCCUGGGCGGGAUCCCUGGGGAGCCCGCCGUGGACCACCGGGAUGUGGAUGAGCUGCUGGAAUUCAUCAACAGCACGGAGCCCAAAGUCCCCAACAGCGCCAGGGCCGCCAAGCGGGCCCGGCACAAGCUGAAAAAGAAGGAAAAGGAGAAGGCCCACUUGGCAGCAGAAGCUUUAAAGCAGGUGAAUCGUAGUGUUUCUGGAAGCCGGGAGCCAAGGCCUGCCAGGGAGAGGCUCUUGGAGUGGCCUGACCGGGAGCUGGAUCGGGUCAACAGCUUCCUGAGCAGCCGUCUGCAAGAGAUCAAGAACACUGUCAAGGACUCUAUCCGUGCCAGCUUCAGUGUGUGUGAGCUCAACAUGGACAGCAAUGGAUUCUCUAAGGAGGGGGCUGCUGAGCCAGAGUCCCAGCGCCUAUCCCCCUCAAACCUCAAUGGCUCCUCAGAGCAACGGCCUGACAUUAACCUUGACCUGUCCCCUUUGACUUUGGGGUCCUCUCAGAACCACACGCUACGAGUUCCAGGUGAGCCAGCCCCACCGUGGACAGAAAUGAGAGGCUCUCACCCACCAUGGACAGAGGUGAGGGGGCCCCCUCCCGGUAUCAUCCCUGAGAAUGGGCUAGUGAGGAGACUCAACGCCGUGCCCAACCUUUCCCGGGUGAUCUGGGUCAAGACACCCAAGCCAGGCCACCCUAGCCCUGAGGAGCCAAGCCCAAAGGAGGUUCCCAGUUGCAAGCAGGAGCUGCCCGAGCCUGUGGCCUCAAGUGGGAAGCCGCGGAAGGGCAAGAGACAGGGCAGUCAGGCCAAGAAGAACGAGGCAAGCCCAGCCCCCCGGUCCCCAGCCAAUCUCGAGGCUCCCAGUGCCAAGGGCCAGACCCCCAGCUCCAAGCAGCCAGGCAAGGCCCCAGAGCCUCCCAAAGUGGGCAGCUGUGCAGAGGCUGGAGAGGGGAGCCGGGGGAGCCAGCCGGGAGCAGGCUGGGCUGGUAGCCCCAAAGCCGACGAGAAGGGCAGCUCCUGGCGAAACUGGCCAGGUGAGGCCAAAGCACGGCCUCUGGAGCAGGAGUCCAUGCAGCCCCCAGGCCCAGCAAGGCCACAGAGCUUGCCGCAGGGCAAGGGUCGCAGCCGCCGGAGCCGCAACAAGCAGGAGAAGACGGCCGCUUCCCUGGACGAUGUGUUCCUGCCCAAGGACAUGGAUGGGGUGGAGAUGGAUGAGACUGACCGGGAGGUGGAGUACUUCAAGAGGUUCUGUUUGGAUUCUGCAAAGCAAACUCGCCAGAAAGUUGCUGUGAACUGGACCAACUUCAGCCUCAAGAAAACCACUCCCAGCACAGCUCAGUGAGCCCCCUGCCGGGUCGAGCUGCUUCAGGGUGUCCUGAGACCCCAACUGCCAGCUGAAGGUCUACAGUUUCUUCCUCCACAUCCCUACCCACCUGCCCAAGAUCUCUCUGCUCCUCACCAUCCUGGACCAACCAAAAGUUGAACGGAUGCUGUGCCGUGCUGGGGCCCCUCAGGACCUCCACAGAGCCGCUUCCUGGUGCUACGCAGCCUCCUCACUCAGAGCCUGGGGGCUGGACUGGCUUGUGGGCCGGGGGCUGAUGGUACUGCUGGCCCAACAUUGCUCUCUUUGUGUUUGGUUUUGUUUUUGUUCUUGUUUUUCAAUUCUUUACUUUUGAUACUGUGAAGAUCUUUCCUGCAGAAAGAUAAAGCAACAUUUGGACACAGA